GCCCGCAGACAGUUCCGGAGCGCAAGUAGCCGGUCGAUUUGAUCUAGUGAGUGAACGUGUGAUUGUGGUGUCCGCGCGUUAAGUGAAGUAAUGGACUGACCGUGAUUAUUUCUUUUUGUUAUUGUUGGCGUAUUCAUCUCACCAUGAUGAAUGGAAAGCUACAUGCGGCAGAACAUCUGCCGAAUGCAGAAGAUCUGUUAAAUCCAUUUGUACACCGCCUCGAACUGUCAACAACGUACGACAAAAUUAAGACGGGUGUGCUGACUGUGGCGGUGCUGCCGUUCCGCGUGGCGGCCAUCAUGGUGCUGCUGGUGCUGGCGUGGUUGCUGGCGUGCGUGGGCCUGCUGGGGCUCUCCGAGGACGACCUGCGCUCCAGGCCCAUGACCGGCUGGCGGCGAAAUGCGCGUGCUGUGAUCUGCUGUGUGAUGAGGGGUCUCUUCCUGUGUGGAGGAUUCCACUGGGUGACGGUGAAGGGAAAACAGGCGACGGCUAAGGAAGCGCCCGUCCUGGCAUUAGCGCCUCAUUCCUCCUACUUUGAUGCGUUGCCAGUUGUAUAUCUGGGUGCUCCGAGUAUUGUUGCAAAGGGCGAGACUGGACACUUGCCCUUCUUUGGAAAGCUGAUAAACUACACACAGCCUGUGUAUGUGUGGAGGGAGGAUCCUAACUCGAGACAAAACACCAUCAAGGAAAUCAUCGAGAGAGCCACCUCAGAUCUCGACUGGCCACAGGUGCUCAUAUUCCCAGAAGGAACAUGUACAAACAGAUCGUGUCUAAUCACAUUCAAACCAGGAGCUUUCUACCCAGGAGUACCUGUGCAGCCUGUCUGUCUACGUUAUCCAAACAAACUUGACACAGUUACUUGGACCUGGGAAGGACCAGGAGCGUUAAAACUGCUGUGGCUUACUCUCACACAAGUUCACAGUAGCUGUGUCAUAGAAUUUCUGCCUGUCUACCAUCCAAAUGAAGAUGAGAAGAGAGAUCCCAAACUUUACGCCAAUAAUGUACGGAAAUUAAUGGCAAGGGCUCUUGGCAUACCCAUGUCAGAUUAUACAUAUGAUGAUUGCCGUCUUAUAACAAGAGCUAAAAGGCUCAAUAUACCAGGAGCUGCUGGCUUGCUUGAAGUUCAGAAGCUAAGGGGACGGCUUGGGUUAGUGAAUUCAGAUGCUGAAGAAAAGAUUCUGUCUGAGCACAGGCAUCUUUUCAGCAAAGAAGGUGGCAAAAUCUCCUAUAAGCAAUUUGCAAAGUUACUCGGUAUAGAGCCCAGUGAUGGUCAUCUUCAGCAGCUCUUCUGCCUAUACGAUAAGGAAUCCUCUGGAGUCAUUGAUGUCAGGGAAUACAUUUUUGAAGUGUUGGUGAUAUCAAAGGCAAAGAAAACAUCAGACAUUAUCCCUAUAGUUUUCCAGGUGUUUGGUUCAGGGGAAGAUGGCAGUUUAAGCCAGUCAGAUCUGCCUGGUGUACUGCAACAUACAUUGGGUAUGGCACCCAUGGAGGUUGCUCAGCUCUGCAGCCAUCUGGACAAGACUGGCAAAGCUCAUAUCUCACACGAUGAACUUACAAAAUUUCUGCAGCACAAGUCGGAUUGCACAGGACUCUUCAGUAGUAACCAGUGGAAUCUAAAGAACAGUUUGAGCACGGAAUGUCUAUUGAGUACAGGAAGUAGUAAAACAGAAUGAACAGAAUGUAAUGUGGUUCUUAGUGAAUAAUGACUACGCCUGACAGUGACAGUGGCAAUGACUGCAAGACUGAAGAUAAUUCACUGCACAUGUGAGUGGGUUGGAGUCAGCAGUUUUGUUAUUUGCCUGUUGUCAAACUGGAUGUUACAAGGACUUGUAUGUAAGACAUUAACAUGACAGGUUCAACUGCCAUUUUGUGGGGAUGAAUACAGUGUACAUUACCAACAGAUCUGUGUAAAGGUACUGGAGAAUCUGCACAAAUGUUACCAAUCUAGUGACUGAAUAAUGUACUAAUCAAUUCAUUCCUGUGUUUUAUGAUGUGAUAUUCAGAGAAAUGCUAAUGUACAGUGAAAUACAGCAAUAGUAGGAUAUUAUUCAGAAUAUUUUGAGUCUAGUUUUAUAACAGCAUAUUCUGUCAUAUACUUUUCUGGAUUUAUUUGUGUUCUCUUCUUAUCAUUCAGAAGCAUGGAGUUUUGCAUUUUUAGAAAACUUCAUUGGAAAAUGUUACAUAAACGUGAUCAUACUGAAGGUGGAAUCUUGUGAAAAACAGUUUUGUGUAACUCUGUAUUUUUAUGCAUCAAAUGAUUGUUUCUCACUAAAUUCUGAUCAGUAGAUAAUGUGAAGGGUCUAGUAUUGCUGAACAGACUUUCAUCAUAUUGCAUAUUAUGCUACUAUUUUUUGUCGCGAAGAUAAACUGAUGUAAUUGACUAUGAAAAACAAGUCGUGUAAUUACAAGUCUUUGCUGAUGUACCAUAAUUAAUUGAAUUUGUCUGAAAAACUCCAAUGGAGCUACAAGCAAUAAAUUAUUUUUUUUACU